AGAGAGUAGUAUGUUAUAAAAAAAAGGACGUCCCCCAAAAGGCGCGUUUCGCUCUUGCUCUCUCUCUCUCUCACUCUCGCAAAGUAGUAAGGAAGGUCGCGAGCGAGAACUGCUACUACCUCGCGAGUCGCGAGUGUGUGUCUCGCUUACAGUUGCAAUAUAGCUCGUCGUUAUAUUAUACACGUUCAUUCCACAUUUGCCGCUGCUGCUGGUCCCACACGACAUAGAGUGACGGGAGACUCGCGCGUACAGCAGCAGCAGCAGUUUAUGUCUCGACAUCGCGACCGCACCACGCGCGUGUCAAUAAGGCCACGCACGGGGCACCUAUAACACAAUCGACGCGCGUUACAUUAUAUAUGCCUCCUUCGUACUGUCCCUUUCCUUGUAGUGUAACGUCAGCGGUGUGUCGGUGUGACUUUCGCGUGUGCACAGUGCAUGAUUUUCUCAGGCUGGGACCACCCGAAAAGGACUCGCCGUCGCUCAACGAUAAUAUGACUAAAAGUGAUCAACGGUGAUAUACGAGUAAAGAUGAUAUACAACGGGACGAAUCAUCAUCAGGCCCCGACUCUGUCGUCGACCAACAAAUCGUCCGGAAAGCACACUAAAUCGAGAGAUGCCAGAACAACCACGAGCAACAGCAAGUCCAGCAAAGCAGCCCGUAAUGCGGCUAAUAAGCAAUCGGGAAAUUCUAACAGUGUCGUCGAUGGACCCAACAACAACAACAGGUGCAGGGGUAGAUGCAGAGUUCAAUGGAGCGAGAAGCACGUGAAGGAGGGCCUGGUGCUCAUACAGGAGGCUCAGCUCGCGAGAGUCGUUAAGACCGGACCGAUCAACGAGUACUACGACAUCGAGCCCAAGCCGUUCGCCAGUGGCCAGUGGGCGCGCGUCUACAAAUGCAAAUCAAGAGCAACCGGUAUAGUGUACGCGGCCAAAUUUUCCUCGAGAAAUCGAUUCGGCUCCGACUGCAGCGCGGAAUUGCGCCACGAAAUAGCUCUGCUUUCUCUGUGCUCCCAAUCUCCGAGGGUCGUUCGACUCCACGAUGUCUACGAGACACCCAAGGAAAUCAUCAUGGUUAUGGAAUUCGCACCCGGCGGCGACAUGCAAACUCUCAUAGACGGAGAUCUGGUGCCUCUGGAGGGCGACGUGGUGCACUUCGUGCGGCAACUGGUGGAAGGACUGGCCUAUCUUCACGAGCGCAACAUCGCCCAUUUGGACAUCAAGCCUCAAAACGUGGUGAUGAUGGGUAACUUUCCGGACUGCAGCGUCAAGCUGUGCGACUUCGAGAUAUCGCGGGUCGUCCUCGACGGCACGGAAGUACGAGAGAUCCUGGGUACGCCGGACUACGUAGCUCCUGAAAUUCUUCACUAUGAGCCGAUAACACUGGCAGCGGAUAUGUGGUCCUUGGGUGUAACAACCUAUGUACUGCUAUCGGGGUUUUCACCGUUCGGCGGUGAAACCGAUCAAGAAACCUUUAGAAACAUCAUGCUCGGUGAAGUCGAUUUCCCGGAGGAACUAUUUGAGGAUGUGUCGAGCCAGGCCAAAGACUUCCUGGCGAAACUUCUUGUUUUGGAACCUAGUGCGCGCAUGACUGCCAAGCAAUGUUUGCGUCACGAAUGGCUACGAAAGGCACCGACCCAAGCCUCGGCUCAUCUGCGAAAGUAUCUCUCGAAAUCUCGCGAGGUCCUUUUGGAGCGAGUCGUAAGCAGGGAAAAUUUGCGUCGAGCGGCUCUCUUGAAUCAAAAUACGAACGAUAGUAACAAGAGCAUCGGUGUAAGCCACGAACAGCAGCACCAGCCGCAGUCAAAACAAUCACAGCAGCUACAACAGCCACACCAACAACCCCCUUUGGAAUCAAGUCAACAUACCUGGACCAAGAGCGAAACUUGUUUGAAUCGCAAUUUGGCCAAGAGUCAAGGCAGCCUCAGCUUGUUUGGUACGGACGAUUAUUACGGGUCUACGGGCCAGCAGGAUCUGAGCUCGUCGAGAAUGAGUUUAGCCGAUUCCUUAUCCUCGUCGAAAAGUAACUUAGCCACGAGUCAGAGCUGCCUAUUGAAUAAGGAACAGACUGAAGGUUUGCUUCAUCAGGCCCAAGAUCGAAACGCCUUGAGGGCUAGCAUGGCGCAAGGACUCAACAGAAUAAGCGUGCUCUCGAAAAUCAGAGGCCUCAGCCAGGUGCAAUCGCGAUCUCAAGCUUGCCUCCCUCUGCUCAACGAUCGCUUAGGAAUCAAAGACGGAGACUUGCGCCACCAAGCUCUGAACGGCAAUCCGCUGCAGUGUUGCAACUUCGACGGUUCCAGAGAGAAACUGUACGGCUUGAAAACACUGUCGAAAUCUCAGGGCAUGCUCGACAUUUACCGCAGUCUCGAGAGCUUGCGAAGGCACAGGCGCGAGCUGAUGCACAAAAAGGAACGAUCCAAGACGGAGGACGUAUUGGCGAUUUUCCGACAGUUGGAGCACGGCUCGAGCAGCACUUCUUUGGCAUCGGAAUCUUCAUCCCUUGCUACGACGACUGUGCAAGAUUUGGACGACGUCGUGGUAAAUGAUAAUGUUGAAAAAGUCGAUGAAUCUACCCUCCGUAAAGAUAAAAAUGUAAUCAAUGAUAUGAAAAAAAAUUCGUUGGAGAUUAUUCAAAAACGCCAUGGCAAUGAUAAGAAGAAUGAAGAAGCAAUUAGUAAUAAUGGUAUUGAUCAUCAAUCUAAUAAUGAUGACAAAAUCAUCAUCGAAACUGGCCCAACAUCUCUGAACGCAUCCGAGGCAAAUCUCGACUCUCUGCUGUCCAUCGGAUCCGACACCCUGACCGACGACUCCGAAGAAAUCGGCAAGAACAAAACUCCGUCCUCGGGCAGCUCGGAGUGUCACGGGCCCGACGUCGAGAGCGAGUCCGAGAACGACGAGCCCAAGUACACCGUGGCGCAGCUCGUGUCGGCCUUCAACAAGCACCAGGAGGUGACGUCGCGCACCAGUCUCGAGACGAUCAUGAACGAGAAACGCGUCGCCGAGGACUCGCUCAAUUUUCCCAUCGGGCCCAAGGCUCUGCGACUCUUCAUUCCCGACAUCGAUAUCAGCGAGAAGAAGCCGUUGGUCAGAAGGAAGACGAGCUACAAGCCCAGAAAGGAUUGGGAGGAGUUGCGAAAGCAGAACGAGAAGAACGAGGCUCUGUUGACGAGGGCAUGCAGUAUCGAUAUCGAUAACGACGAAGAAGACGAGGGAGUGAAUUUGAACAGCGAUUCGUUGGAUGUUAAGCCGAACGACGAUGAUAAAGUCGAUGAAAAUGUGAGCACGGAUACCCGAGUAACGCCGCCUGUUUCACCCACUUCAGUCGAUAGCGGGGUCGUUGACGUGCCAAAAAUUGAUUCCACAGAUGGUACUAGUCCAACCGUAAAAGAGUCGAAGGACGAGUUACCCGAUACACCAAUUGUUAAAGACAAUAAUUCGAAUAAAAUUUUGUCGGUAUCGAGAAAAGAGGAUAACAAAGACAGCAAGAGCAUCGCCUCCAAAGACAGCGUCAGAACUAACGCUAAAGAAAUUCCUCUGAAGGAAAGCAACAAACGUCAGAGCGCGACAUCGAGACCCCGAGGCGUGACGAAGAAAGCCGAGUCGUUCAAGGAAAAUUCCGACAACAAGACGCAACAGCAGCAGCAUCCGACUCGCAAAGCGCAGUCGUUCCAGGAAACGGACAGGCCGCGAACGUCAUCGAGAGUAUCGUCGUCCAUUACGAGCUCCUCUACCGCAACGAGUAAGAGGCCGUUCGGAUCGAGAGCGACGAAGGACAACAGAGUCAGCCCGAGUCCGUACGGUGUACCUCGCGCUACCGCCGACAGAAUCGCCAAGAAAUCGACGGACAAGCAGCAAGCUGCACCGCAGACAAUCAGAACGAGGAGAACGAGCACGGUAACGCAGCAACAGCAGCAGCAGCCUUGAGGAGGUCAAAAGUUGCUUCGUUUGGCAACGAUAUUUGAAUAGCAUUUUUGGUUAUUUCGAUAUUUUGGAGAAAUUGAAUCGUCUCGACUGUCGUUGCUGAAAAAAACACACAAAGUAUUGUUUUUUAAUCGAAGAAAGUAUACAUGGAAAAACAAAGGCCUCGCUUUGUCAAACGAAGAAAGAGAAAACAACGACAAAUAUAACAAUCAACAACUCGCGCGAACUCGCGCAAGGUCUCUCUUUUUCCUGCGCGCGUAAAAGCCGAGCGAGAGAGAGAGAGAGAGACGCCUACACGACUCACAUCGCUGUACGUGCGCAUUUUCAAGUUUACCAGUAUACUAUACACUACUGCCAUAGGCAAACGCAGCGAUCUUAUAACGAUCUUGUACCUAUACAUGUCGACUAAGGAAAAAUCUGAGAGGCCGCAGCAUUCCGGAGGCCUCUUAUUGGCGUCUCGAUGAGUUUUUCCACCCUCCCGCGUGUGCGUACUUCAGACUCGCUUCGAUGACUUUGAGUCCGCGCGCGAGCAAGGGUCGAAUCGAUGCUGCUCCACAGGGAAGACACAUUUUGCACCGUGCAUCUUUCGAAUUUUUUCGCGAGCGUUUCAUGUACAUACGGUUUCCGUAAAGAAAAAGUCAUAAUAAUUAUCUUAUACAAUCGUGCCGAGGAAAAGUAGGUGCAGCAGCAGCUCGGCUGUGCCCGCAUCUAUAUUGAGUUUUGCCUUUUUCAGCGAUUCAUACAUAUGAGAAUUAUAAAAUUGAAUCAUGGCAAUCGUUUGCUCGAAUGAAUCACGCAACGACGAUGGUAAUCAUACAGUUGUCAUAGUAUACUGGUGAACAGCGUAGAAAUGAACCUCAACUAGCACGUGCACUGGAUCCUGGUUUUUUAAUUACAUAUUUUCCUAGAAAUUUUAUUGCUCUUUUUCACUCUCAGGAAGUUUAUUAUACUCGUUGCGUAUUGUCAUUAAACUUCUUGACUCCAUUUCAAUUAUAUUUCGGAUUAUUGUACUUUUUUCAUCAAAAAAUAUCAUUUGAAAUUUAAAUUUGUGUCUCA